AUGACGAAGCGACAACGCACAAGCUCCCGGUCCGUAUCCCCCGCAGGCGACAAGCUAGCAAUGGACGACGAUUCGGACGACGCCAUGGCCACACGCAACGGGUCGUCCAAAAAGGCAUCUCGCAGUGCAGCGCUCGCACGGUCACAGGCACAGCGCGAGCGGGCCGAGAAGGAAGAAAAGGAACGGCAGCGCGCCGAGGCCGCUAGCAAACGCAACGGACGCGCAGAGCGUCGCAGGGUCGACGAUUCCGAUCCGUCAGAUGAAGCGCCAUUAGCAACAACGCGUGCGACGGCCGCAACGCGGACAUCGUCUGCCCCCGCCCCUCCCACAGCCACACCAGCAACAGCUUCGGCGAGUGGAAAUACGUCCACAACACCGACCAAUGCCCCCUCACUGUCCGCCACGCUGGCGCCUGCCACCGCGCCGCGCUCAGUGCCACCUCGACCCUCCCAGCCGUCACCUGAAACGCCACCACCGACCUCCGCACCUGCCAUGGCACAGUCCAAGUCCAAGGGCGGCCGGCCGACGCACAAGAAGAAGGGCCGCAACCAAUACACCAAGGAGCGGGACGCACGCGAGGAGCUCAACUCGAUGACCCGGUCACGUUCUAGGGACGUGCCAGACAACGGGCAGAGCAAGCCGGGCUCGAGCAGCGGCAGUGGCUCGCACAGCAACCAGAACAACAAGUCCGGGUCGCGCUCCAAGGGCGGCGGCGGCAGCAACAGUCGUGUCAGCCUCAACGAGAUGCGGCGACGCGUCUCGGCCAUGUCGGACUUUAUUGGCAAGACGCAGAUUGACAUUGCCAGCGGCGAGUACCUGGCGUCGGCAGUGGCCACACCAGACGGCGGCAAGGCCGGCAGUGUCCAUGCAGCGACGGAUCCGAACAGCGCAGCGACAACACCGUCGUCCACCUCGGCAUCACAGCAGCCAGCCACCAGCAACGGCGUGUCGUUGGAUGUUGCGCACGAGAAGGACUUUAAGAAGCUCCCGCUAUUGGAGAUGAUGGACACGCUCACUCGGAACAUCAUUCACUGGCAGAACCAGUACGGAAAUUGA